AGCUUUAGCUAAUACCCAAGCAGCCAUUACUCAUUGCAGUAUCCGAACGGGCUGAUAGGUACCAAAACGCCGCAUUUACCUUAGUUUCGUUAGUAUGAAACUGAAUUAAUGCUGAUAUCAAGAAAAUGACAGGUCCACUUUUAAUCCAUGGCCCAGACAAUGCUGACUGGGAUAUCUCCUGGGAACAACUUUUUGUACAAGAUUGGGUUCACGAAAACGCAUUUCAAGCCUUUGUACACGAGCUACACCCGCCGCUGCCAACGUCAGAGAGUAUUCUUCUUGGAGGUGUAGGUGAGUAUACUGCUUCUACGAUUCAGACUGCACAUUUCAGCCUCCAGGCUAAUGAGUACCCACUUGUAGGAAAAUUUCGAGAUGGAGACAGUGAAGUGGGCUCGACAUUUUGGAAGACCGUUCUUAAAAGUCGAAGAGUCCUAAUAAGACUGAUAAAUACCAGCUCGGACGAGCACUUCGUCUUCUCCACCGACAACCACAACUUAAAAGUCAUCUCAGCAGAUUUUGUGCCUAUAGAGCCGUAUACAACCGAAUAUUUAUCAAUAGCGAUUAAUAAUUAUUGGAUCCGCACUGUACCAGUGAAAAGUUGCUCGUCCAACUAUACUGAAUUCGAUAAUCGCACAGGCAUUUUGCAUUAUGAAAACUCCCCAGAAGCCCAGAAACCAAAGACAUCUGCUCAGCUGAGCAUCAACUUUACGUGCGAAGAUGAGCCACUUGAAAGCCUUAAACCGGUCGUCCGGUGGGAGAUCGGGUCAUCGCCAGCAAACAAUAUCACUGAAAGCACGUAUGAGGUAGGACUUCAGGAGUCGCGGGGAGCUCUGCGAUGGGUAAUUGGCAGAAGUCCGUUGUUGUAA